AUGCAGCUAGCGGCCGCCAAUGGCGGGACAUUGAGGAAAAAGCCGCUGCUGCAGUCCGCUACAUGCGGCUCGGAGGCUGUUCUGGCAGCUGCAGCAGUCCGCUACAUGCGGCUCGGAGGCUGUUCUGGCAGCUGCAGCAGUCCGCUACAUGCGGCUCGGAGGCUGUUCUGGCAGCUGCAGCAGUCCGCUACAUGCGGCUCGGAGGCUGUUCUGGCAGCUGCAGCAGUCCGCUACAUGCGGCUCGGAGGCUGUUCUGGCAGCUGCAGCAGUCCGCUACAUGCGGCUCGGAGGCUGUUCUGGCAGCUGCAGCAGUCCGCUACAUGCGGCUCGGAGGCUGUUCUGGCAGCUGCAGCAGGCACCUUAAGACUGCUGCAUCUUGAUGACGGCGGCAAUGGUGCGGUUGGUACCGGGCGUGUAAGGGUCCAUGCUCUGGACAAGAGCCAUAGUGGCGACCAGUGA